GGGGCGGGCCGCGGGGGCGGGGCAAGGCGGAAGUGCAGUGGAGGCCUCCGCUGCCCGCUUCCCGCUGCCCGCUUCCCGCUGCCCGCUUCCCGCUGCCCGCUGCCGGCUGUUCGGACCCUCCCCUUCUUGUCUCUGUCCUGCUCUCUCCGCUGCGCCGACCCGGAGGGUCAGUGUCAUGUGACUUCGGCUUCUGACCUCGAGCCUGGGUCGGGACCCCUAGGUGAAGAGGGAAUCUGUAGGUGUCCCGGUCCCGGAGGGUCUACAGGGAAUCAUAUCCCAGCCUACUGUUGCAGGGUCUCCUGUGACAAGGCUGUCCGUGCCGAGUGCCAUGGUGGUGCUGUGGGCCCUCCCACUGGCCUUGGCCGCAGGUCUGGCCGCCGCCUGCCCACCCAACAUCGUGCUGGUCUUUGCUGAUGACCUGGGCUACGGGGACCUGGGCUCCUACGGCCACCCCAGCUCCGCCACCCCCAACCUGGACCAGCUGGCCGCAGCAGGGCUGCGGUUCACUGACUUCUACGUGCCCGUGUCCCUGUGCACGCCCUCCCGGGCUGCCCUCCUGACCGGCCGACUCCCAGUCCGGUCGGGUCUGUACCCUGGAGUACUGGAGCCUGGAUCCCAAGGGGGCCUGCCCCUGGAGGAGGUGACCCUGGCUGAGGUCCUGGCGGCCCGAGGCUACCUCACGGGCAUGGCUGGCAAGUGGCAUCUUGGGGUGGGGCCCGAGGGGGCCUUUCUGCCGACCCACCAGGGCUUCCAUCGGUUCCUGGGCAUCCCGUACUCCCACGACCAGGGCCCUUGCCAGAACCUGACCUGCUUCCCACCGGCCACCCCCUGCGACGGCAUCUGUGACCAGGGCCUGGUCCCGGUCCCGCUGCUGGCCAACCUGUCUGUGGAGGUGCAGCCGCCCUGGCUGCCUGGCCUGGAGGCCCGCUACGUGGCCUUCGCCCGCGACCUCAUGACCGACGCGCAGCGCCAGGGCCGCCCCUUCUUCCUGUACUACGCCUCCCACCACACCCACUACCCGCAGUUCAGUGGGCAGAGCUCCGCCGGGCGCUCGGGCCGCGGGCCGUUCGGGGACUCCCUGAUGGAGCUGGAUGCGGCCGUGGGCGCCCUGAUGGCGGCCCUGCAGGACCUGGGGCUGCUGCGACAGACGCUGGUCAUCUUCACGGCAGACAACGGGCCGGAGACCAUGCGGAUGUCCCACGGCGGCUCCUCCGGCCUCCUGCGGUGCGGAAAGGGAACCACCUUCGAGGGCGGCGUCCGAGAGCCGGCCUUGGCCUUCUGGCCAGGCCACAUCAGCCCUGGAGUGACCCAUGAGCUGGCCAGCUCCCUGGACCUGCUGCCCACUCUGGCGGCCCUGGCCGGGGCCCCGCUGCCCAACGUCACCUUGGACGGCGUGGACCUCAGCUCCCUACUGCUGGGCAUAGGCAAGAGCCCCCGGCAGACUAUGGUCUUCUACUCAGCCUACCCAGAUGAGAUCCGAGGGGUCUUUGCUGUGCGGAAGGGGAAGUACAAAGCCCACUUCUUCACCCAGGGCUCCGCCCACAGCGACACCACCGCAGACCCCGCCUGCCACGCCUCCAGCCUUCUGACUGCCCAUGAGCCCCCACUGCUCUUUGACCUAUCCGAGGACCCCGGUGAGAACUACGACCUUCUGAGGAGCGGGGCUGAGGUCUCCCCAGAGGCCCUGGAGGCGCUGAAGCACCUGCAGCUGCUCAAGGCCCAGUUUGAUGCUGGUGUGAACUUCGGCCCCAGCCAGGUGGCCCUGGGCGAGGACCCUGCCCUGCAGAUGUGCUGCAAGCCAGGCUGCAGUCCCUGGCCAGCCUGCUGCCACUGCCCAGAGACCCCACCCUGAGGGCGCCAGCCCAGGCCCCGCCCUCCCAUUGCAGGGGCUGGGGUGCAUGGAGUGGGUGUGCCCGUGACCUAAUAACACCAGCUGACACUUGUAGGUGUGACGAUUCAUCCGAUCCUUGGGAUGGCCAGAGGUAGGUGCUAUUCUGCCUGUGCACAGUGAGGAAACUGAGGCACGGGGUGAUCCAGCAAUGCGCCUGAGGUCACCCAGCCAGGGACAGGUUGGGCUGGGAGCCGUGCCCAGGCAUCACGGCUCCGGCGAGUGCCAGUCGGUUCACGGGAGCUGUGCUGGGUGAUUGUGUGCCCCUGGCACGGGGUGGGGAGGGGGUGGGGGCCCGUGGGCAGAAGACCCCACAGGGGCUGUGCGCCCAAGAGCGCUGGGAGCCCCGCAGGCACAGGGACCAGGCAGCGCCGGCUCUCGUCAGAAACCCAUCUGAGGCGGGCGGUGAGCUGCACGUUCUGAGGGGUGGGGGCGCCCCGGGCCCUCCAGACCCAGGCAGGCGCACAGGCGGCCCCUAAGACAGCCCCCCGCCCCGCCAGACCCCAGCCCCGGCCCCACAGAGCACACACACAUCCUGUCCCCGGGCUUCCCUGUGACCCAACUCAAGCCGCUCUCCCGCAAGGUGCUCUGGGAGACACGUCCAGCUAGUCCUGUCGCUGCCCCGAACUGCAGGCUCCAGAUACAGUCCAGGCCCCCAGAGUGGCGCCAUGCCCUCCGAGGCCUGCACUCUUCCCAUCCCGCACCCCUCAACCUGCCUGAACCCCAUCCGGUUGGGGCUCUGCAGAGGGGACCUCCUGGCCACCUGCCCGCAUCUGCACACCUGAGUCCCCGUGGUGUGCUGAUGACGGCGGGGCCAGGUGUGCUCCUGGGGCACAGGUGGGCCCCACACGCUCCCUGGUGUGGGCUGGAUGAGACGGGCACCAUCUGGGUGCUCAAGGCCCCCCAGGGGCGACCCAUACCCUCCCUCAUUUGCCGGCCUUGCCCUCUCCAUGGUGGGCAGAGGCCCUGCAUCUUGGAGGUGCAGCCUCGCUCUGUCCCAGGAGACGGGGUCCCACCACAGGGCCAUGGCCAAUCCAGACGGUCGUGAUGAGAGUCCUGGUCGGUACAAGGUCUGGUGCGAGGUCUGCUGGGACCGGGGUCCCCUGGGGGCCGUGCGGACGGUCCCUGGCACCCCUGGGCCCAACCAGACCUCGUGUAGCUGCCAAGCCCGUGUCUCCAGCCGUCGGCCUCCAGAGCUCACAGUGUAAGAAAUAAACCUGCUGUUCAAGCC